AUGAAGGUGGUGGCGCUGUGGGUGUAUCCCAUCAAGGGCCUGCGUGGGAUCCGCCUGGAGUGCGCCGACCUUGGCCCACAAGGUAUCAAGCACGACCGGAACUUCAUGCUCUGCCGGGUCGAGGAGGGAGAGGAGCCUCUCAAGCUGCAGCUCUCCAGGUUCCCCCAGUGCGCCCUGUUCUCGCAGGAAAUUGCCGGUGAUGUUAUACAGGUGCGCUACAACGUGCCGGAAGAGCCUCUAGUACCGCCCUGCCCCGAGCAGGACUCGGUGCUCGAGGUGCCUCUUGGCCCAGACAUCGCCCAGCUCCGCAAAGAGGAAGUCAACCUUCACCAGAGCAAGGUCAACGCGUACCGGAUGGGCGACAAAUAUGAUGCCUGGUUCACCGCCUGCUUCGGCUUCCCCACCGCGCUCUUCUACAUCGGAGACGAGCGACGCCCCAUUCUGGGAACGUUCUCGCCGGAUUCGGAGCCCACACCCAGUCCGAAGGGGUGGCUCGCUGCCCUCUCAAACUACAUGGCCCCAGGCACCGCUGCCGGCGAACCUAACUGGCUCACCUUCUCGGACUGUGCCCCAUUCCUCAUCACCACCGGCGCCUCCCUGGCCAAUGUCAGCGCCCGGCUGGCUGCAGGCAACAUGGAGAUGGCCAAGUUCCGGCCCAACAUCGUCGUCGACGGCGACAGGGAGUGGGACGAGGACUUCUGGACCCAGCUCACCCUCAACGGCCGGCCGGCCUUUUCACUGACCAAGAUGUGCGUCAGGUGCACGUCCGUCAACGUCGACUACGACACGGGCCGCCCUGCCAGGGGCGAGCGCGGGACGGUCCUCAAGAAGCUAAUGGCGGACAGGCGGGUGGACAGGGGCUCAAAAUACUCCCCGGUCUUUGGCAAGUACGCGUUCCUCGACCGGGACGUGCCACUGGGCGCCACAGUCGCCAUCGGGGAUGACGUGCAGGUCACGAGGAGGAGCGAGGAACGACCCGUCUUCGACUGGCCCAUCCACGAGAAGGAAGCCGCCCAAUUCUACUCGGACAAGGUGUAA